CUUCCAUCGUCGACAAUCUUCAGAUACAAAUGAAUUGCUUGACACGUGCCGAAUAAUCGAGAUGAGGAUUGGCCGUUUUGCCGAAUUGCUUUAUAUCGGCCAUUUUGACACGACUGUGAGGACUGAGGAGGAAAAUCUUUAGGAUUCCAUCUGGCAACACUUCCAAAAUUGUCAGAAGAUCACGUCUCGCCUGCCCAUGUGGAAGAUGAGCAAAGUUUAGAUUAAGAGUCAACAAUGAAUCAGAAUACCAGGAAAAAAAGAAAGAAGAAGUUCUACAAACAGUUUUCAAAGAAGCAAAAGUACGGAACUCUACAACCAGGUGUUUUUGGUAUUUUGAUCACGUGUAAUAACAAUGAGAAACGGUGCAUUCGAGAAGCAUACAACAUUCUUAACGAGUACGGUGACAGACUGUUCGGACCGGAAGCGUUGGAGACAAACACAGAAGAUCAGAAAGAUGUUGAAAGUGAAUUGGAAUUAGAAUUGCAGAAUCUGAAGAGUAAAACAAAAAGAUUUCAGCAAUUAGAUACUAAAGUUUCAAACUGUUUGUUUAUAAGAACUGAGGUAAAUGAUCCUUCUCAACUUGUGUAUGACAUUUUCGAAGAUAUACAAAAAUCACAAAUACAGAAGACACGAUGUAUUCUACGAAUGUUGCCUGUACUGAUAACAUGCAAGGCUUAUCUCGAGAAUAUCGAAAAAUCAGUCGAGGCUCUCUUAGAUAAAUUUAAAGACAAUUCUACUGAACAGACAUUUUCCAUUAUCGUUAAAAUCCGCUAUAACAAUAGCAUUGGGAGAGAGGCGAUCGUGGCUUUGAUUUACCGAGAGAUCAGCAAGCUCAGACCGACUUGGAAAGCUGAUCUGAAAUCUUUUAAAUUAGCUGUUGUUGUAGAAAUCUUACAUACAGUGUGUUGUUUAGGGAUAGCAAAGGAUUAUUUGCAGUUUCGGAAGUAUAAUUUAGCACAAAUAACAGAAUUAUCAUUGAAACCAUCAGUCGAGCUGCCUAAAGAAGAAAAAGAUGAGGUAUCAUCCUCUGAAUCGGAAGAUGUAAAGAACGAUAUGCCAACCAACACACAAUCUCUUAAAGCAGAUACGGUGGAUUGAUUUAAUCAUUAAAAGAAAUAAAAAUCAUAUUUUAUAAAAUCUUCAUUGCAAUUGUUAAAAUUAUUGUUUUUUUUUUUAAAGAAAAACAUCAUUGUCUCAAUUACAUUAAACAAUGGUAACUAUUGAUUAUGUUUGCUGAGAUUAACACUGAUAUAUGAGUACUCAGUAUAUGAGAAUUCAAUAGAACAAACCAUUUUCUUUUAUUUCUCUUCCUGAUUAAUAAGGAGAAGAAAUUUAAUCACGAGUACAAGAAGAUUAAAUUCUUCCAGCUCCAAUUAGAUGGCUUGUUGGCUCCAGUCUCCAUUUUCUUUGUUCCAUUCAUUUUGUUGGAAUGAGUAGCACUGUUGCUAUCAAAGUUAUGCUGUAGUAAACUUUAUCUCUAAAUUAUGAAAUCCUUCUGUUGGUGAUUAUAUUAUUCAUUCAGUUAAAAAAGAAGCCAGAAGGGAAGAGACUACUGUGAUGACCAAAGAAAAGAUUCAAAGAUACAAUAGGGAGGACAAGGAUCUGGUUGCAAUGGAUGAUCUCUGUAAAACUUGAAUGGAGAUGAGGAAUAUCAAUUAAAAAAGCAGUUUCACUUAAAUCUGUUUUACUUGUUUUCUGCUUGCUUAUUAAAAUAUGUCGUAAUGGUAAUUUUGGCAAGUUAUUCUUUGUCUCUCAUGUAAAAGAAGCUUGGAUAUAAUGAUCCAAUUUAAUCCAAAGAAGAACUAAAAGUUAAAGAAAGAAAGCGCGACCAGUUUCGUUAACCUUCAUUAAAAUAGUAUGUUUAUUUCCAACUUGUUAAAAGAAUUAACAUUUAAUCACUAUUCUGCUUUGCUUGUAUUGUUCUGUAUAUUCAGAAACAUCAAACUAAAAUAAUAUUGUAUAGAGCAUGAACCUAAAUCUCCUAAAUGAUUAUAUGGCUGUAUGAUUUAAAUCUAAUCAUCUUGACAUUUAAAAUUUCAUGUGGAAAAAGCUUUUACGAAUUUAUCUUACCCCCACAUUUCUAAAUUGUUUUAUUAAUAAAUAUAAAAU